AUGUACAUGGACUUGUUCGACUGCCGCCAUGGACGCGUCGUCUUCUUCGACCAUAGGCUGCGCGAGGUCAUGCUGUUUGAUCCCGCCACCGGAGGCCGCCGUCAUGUGGUCGUUCCACCAGUUUUUGACGAGAAGGAUAUUGGCGUCUUCAACGCCGCCGUGAUUUGCGUUGCCGGCGACGAAGGCCACGUGCACGGCGAUUGCCACACCAGCCCAUUUCAGGUGGUCUUGAUAGGUAUCCACGAUGAUAAUAAACGAAAAGGUACAAACUAUCCAGCAGAGGCGUCCGUGUUUGUUCCGUCCGCAACUGCAGCAAUUCGGUAUAUGUGUGAGCUGAGCCGUCCGAGCACCCUUGUAGGGGAUUCUGUUUAUUGGGUGUUUGAUGGCAAUGAGGAUGGCAUACUCAAGUUUGAUUUAGAUAGCCAUAGCCUAGUUAAUAUCGAGCUGCCGGAUUUGUUGAGGUAUUAUAGCUGCUCGAGCAGCUUUAAGAUCAUGUCGACAGAUGAUGGCAGUUUUGGCCUUGCUGUCUUGGAAUACCAAAAAUUCGAAAUGUGGGAGAGGAAGGUCGGUUGUGAUGGUGUUGCCGGAUGGGUGCUGCAGAAGACCUUUCAAUUGAACACUAUCCUUGGUCUAGGGCCUAUGGGAGAAACGGAUAAUCUCAUGUUGGGGUAUGAUGAAGAUGAUCGUGUGAUUUAUGUAAGGACAGAUAUUGGUGUCUGCAUCAUUCAGCUUGAGACAAUGCAGUUCAGAAAUCUUGGCAAAGAUAAUUUCACGACCACCGCCUAUUAUCCGUACAAAAGUUUCUAUACUGCAGUGAGUGACCUGUCAGUAUGUGAAAGAAGAAUUGGUGGCAUCUCCAGAUCUCUGGCGAAGGAUGGCAGCAUCAUGGUUCCUGCUUCAAGGGGAGCAGGAGCGGUAGGAGACAAUGCUGCUGCUGCAGCUGCCUCGACCCGAACCAUACCAGGAGGAGAUAUGUUAGACAAAUCAAACAGCAGAGUUCAAGGAAUCGACACAGGUCUUGUGCCAAGCCGGGUACUGACACAAACUCGAGUCGACGUGAUAUUCAAGAAAGAGACGGAGACAAGAUCAAAGCUUAGCAAAGCUUGGGCAAAAUGGUUCCGCAGCAACGGGGUUCCUGAAAGUAAAGCAGACUGCCCACACUUCCGCAAUGCCAUGAAGUUAACGCAGCAACUAGGUACCCGCUUGCCUGUUCCUACAGGCGGUGAACUAGGGGGCAUAAAUCUGGACGCUGAGGAAGAACUUUCGUAA